AGCUAGAAGAAAAGGGAAUAAAAAUUCUCGCGGGGGUUCUGCUUCUUCCUCAUCGAAUAUGAGCACUGCAAUGAAAUCGAAAAAUUAAAAGGGCGAAAUAAGGAGAGAAAGAAAAAAAAAAUCCCGCUUUAGAUUUUUCUAUCAAUCUCGACAAUUUCAAUUUUGGUCAUGGCCUCCAUCGAUCUCAUCAGAUCUUGCCUCGACUCCAUUCGCCAGAUUUCAGAGGAGAUUAAAGAUGCUGUUGUUUAUCUGGAUGCUGGUUGCUUGGAGGCGUUUCAGUUCAUUGGAGCAUUUCCACUGCUGUUGGAACUUGGGGUGCACUCUGUUUGCAGCUUGGAGAACAUGUCUGCUCUUGACACUACUGUGGGUUGGAAGUCAACAUGCUCAGGUCCUGCACGAAAGAUGGUAGUUAUCACGUCUUGUCUUCUCAGUGAUGCACAUCGGUAUAUCCUGCAUUGUCUGGGCACUCAUCAAACAAUUCUUCGUUGUAUUAUAUUUACAUCUAUCUCAGAGAUAGCUCACUCAGCAUGUGUUGAUUCACCUUUGGGACCUGAUGCUUUUCAUGAAUAUGAGACAUUGGUUCUCUUAGACUACGAAGAACUCAUCAAGAAGUCUGAGAAGAAGGGAUCUGUUUUGCAUCCACGUGAGAAAAGGAAGUCAACUGAUAUUCAUAAUGAAAAAUUGACUUUUAAUGAUGAUGGUUCUUCUCGAAAAGAUUUAUCUGAUGAUUCUAUCGAAGAUUAUGACAUUAAUAUGGAAUCUGGUUCUUCUCGAAAAGAUUUGUCUGAUGAUUCUAUCAGCUGCAAUGAAGCAGGAGAUGGUUCUACACAGUUGCAGAUCUCUGUGCACCACUUCCCUAUGAUGAUGUGCCCUGUUUCACCAAGAGUCUUUGUUUUCCCUUCUGGAGGAACGGUCUCAGAAGCAUGCUUGGCGAAUGAUCUUGAAGACUCUUUUAGCCCUGGAUUACCCUCCAUCUCUACUGGUCAGCCUACUGAUGGUGAGGAUGUUCCUUCAGGGGCAACACUGACUGCUAAUUUUCUUUACGAACUUGCUGCCAAGAUGGAUCUGAAGCUUGAAAUAUUCUCACUUGGUGAUACAUCGAAAAUUAUUGGGAAGAUGCUGACGGACAUGUCCAGUCUUUAUGAAGUGGGUCGGCGAAACAAAAAAUCAGCUGGGUUACUGCUUAUUGACCGUACACUUGAUCUUCUUACACCUUGUUGCCAUGGUGAUUCAUUUCUUGACCGCAUAUUGUCCUCUGUGCCUCGAAGGGAAAGAACCAAAUCCUCUUUUCUUGCUAGAAGUUCUCAAGCAGUGAUCAAACGUUCCCCUGUUAGUCCACAACGCCCUCCACUUGAUAUAAGAAUACCUUUCGAAACAGUUUUAGGUAAAGAGGAACCUGCAAUGAACAGCACUCAUCUUUCUGAGAGCAUUGUUGAUUUUGUAUCAGGAUGGAACUCCACUGAAGUUAGCUAUGACACCGAUGAUUUAGUUGAUCUUGCUGACAAGGUCCAUAAUGAGAAACUGGAUCCUGAAUUUAGUAGCUUGUUAAGUGGCUCUUUUCUAUCAAGCUAUACGGGUGCAAAUUACUUAGAAGCAUUGCUUGAUAGGGGCGCAAAAGAUGGUGCACUAAUGAUCAAGAAAUGGCUUAUAGAAGCUUUACAGAAUGAUAAAAUACCCAUAAAUGCAAAAGGUCGUCUGGGUUUAACAAGUGCUUCUGAGCUCAAUACUUUGGUUAAGAAGUUAGCCCCUGAUCAAGUGUCUUUAAUUAGAAACAGGGGGAUUAUACAGUUGGCAUUAGCUUCUGAAAUUGUUCUGAGCGAGCCUCAUACUUCUCGUUGGGAUGCAUUUGUGAGUGCCGAGAGAAUUCUGAAUGUAAGUUCUGUAGACACUAGCCAGAGCCUUUCAAGCCAAAUCCGUGACUUCAUCCAUACAAGUAUUUUAUCAAAACCAAAUGAACAAUAUAAAGCUACAGGAUCAUCGAACAGCCUUCUCUCAUUUCAAGAUGCAUUGCUUCUAGCAGUUAUUGGAUACAUCUUGGCUGGAGAAAAUUUUCCAACAUCUGGGUCAACAGGACCUUUUUCUUGGGAAGAAGAACAUCACCUAAAGGAAGCUGUAGUUGAUGCUGUUCUUGAGAGGGCUACUGCAGAAAAUUUACGGUUUCUUCAUGGUCUAGAAAAAGAGCUUGAAAAGAAAUCUAAAAAUUAUGAAUCGCCAAAGCCCGAGCCUAAUGUUGACGACUUUGAUGGUCAGUGGGGUAGUUGGGAUGAUGAAGAUGCCGAUCAAACAAAUGACCAAGCAUAUGGUGAUAUGCAACUUAAAUUGGAGUUGCGAGAUAGAGUAGACAAUCUUUUUAAGAUUUUUCACAGAUUAUCUGGUUUAAAGUGGAGAAAUCCUUCUCUUAAAGAGGGUUGGGUAGCAUCUGCAAGUAAUUUUGGAGGCGAUCCUUAUGCUAGGAAAGGGCUGAUUUAUAAACUUCUAACCACUAUAUUGGCAAAAUAUGAUGUUCCUGGGUUAGAGUACCAUUCUUCUGCAGUUGGCCGUUUCUUGAAAAGUGGGUUUGGUAGAUUUGGCCUAGGACAGGCAAAACCAAAUUUUGGUGACCAGAGUGUUCUCUUGGUUUUUGUGGUGGGAGGCAUUAACACACGUGAGGUUAGAGAAGCCAUGGAGGCAGUUUCAGAAAGCGGUAGACCGGAUAUAGAGUUGAUUCUCGGGGGCACGACACUUUUAACUCCUAAUGAUAUGUUUGACUUGCUGCUGGGAUCUUCAAGCUAUGUUUAAUCUUUUAGCGUUACAUCUUUACACAAUGAUUCUGGAUAUAGCUUUUUCAUCAUGUGAAAUCAUCGAUCAAUGCACCACAAGAAUGUGUUUGAAGCAGAAACUCAGUACACCUCCAUCAAAUGGACAUGCCUUGAAAUGGUUAGAUUCCGUCCCUAAAUCUAGGUGUUCUGAUAGCAGUGCCAGCACUAUAAGAUAGAAAAUACACUAACAGAGGCAUUCACUUUGGUUGAUUUCAUGAUCAUACUACUCAAAGAAACUGCUGCUAAUUUAAAAAAUUGGAAGAGUUUUAUUACUCAAAUACUGUGAUAGCUUCUAAUGUUACCUUGGAUUGGAUAGGGGUAACUAUCAUCUCCCACUGCAGUUGAGUAGAGCAAAGCAUUAUGGAUAAUGUUGGUCUAUGUAUCUAAAAGAUCUUUCUUGUAAUUGGCUUUCCUUGAUGUAUCAUGUGAAAGAAGUUGAUAAACAUACUUGUAUAUGCAGAAAUUGUUUAACAUUUUUUC